AUGGACCUGAUCGACCAGCCGAGCUGGGCACACGCUCCAUCUGCGCCCGCGGCAGACCCAAGUGUGUCGGAGAACGUCCGGGAGAGAGAAACAUUCAAAUACGACGACCUGGGAUGGACGUCCGCGAACCUCAAUGACCCGCACGACCCCGUGCCGCCCGCCACCCUCGCCUCGGCCACAGACUCGAGCCUCACCGCGUACGCGCAGCUCGCCCGGGCCCUCAUCUCGCUGUUCGACCGGGACCACCAGCAUGUCGUUGCCGAGGCCACUCGCUCGUCGCCGCUGGGCGUCCGCGAGCCGGUCCGGCGCAUGAGCAUUACAGAUGGGGAGCAGCAGCCCGGCUGCGACGCUGAUGUCGGCGAUGACGGCUUCUGGCUCUGCGGGACGGCUAUCCCGCGGUCCUAUGGCAUAUGCGAGCAUGUCCUAGUCUCCUCGGCGGGCUCAUCUGCCGACGAAUUUCCAGACAUGGAACACUGCUGCGGUGAGAAUGACUUGCCGGUAUCUGUUGUCCCUGACUUGGCGACCGACGGGCGGUUCCACACCAGGCCGUACAUCCGUGGACGUCCACACAACAGAUUCUACGCAGGCGUCCCCAUACGGAGCCCGGGUCCAGACGGCGUGAAUAUCGGGGUGUACUGCGUUUUCGACAACAAACCGCGGCCGGAAGGGCUGGCAGGCGACGACAUCAAGUUCAUGCAGGACAUGUCGCGGACGAUCAUGGGGUAUCUCGAGUAUCGGGGCUCGUACGGCAAGUACCGGAGGUCGGCGAGGAUGGUGCGGGGGAUGGGGAACUUCGUGGAGGGCUCAGACUCGCUCGAUCCUGUCCUCGAUGGGCCGACUCGUGGGCUCGCGCGCUCGAGCAAGCGGACGUCGAGGCUUUUGAUCUCGGCUGACAAUGCAGAGGGCGUCAGGAGGAAGGGGGAGAUCCUCGCCAAGGGCGGACGGCCACCAUUGCUGCCGAUCCGCACCGCUGCUGUGGCUAAUCUCGGGGAGGAAGAAACCCUCCUAUCACCCAGCGUGCGAAGUCCAGCACUGUCGACGACGGAGGCUUCUCCGACAAUCCAGGCAAGUCCGUCGUUAGGACCUCGAAGCAUCACCGUGUCUGCAGCCGCAGGGUCCAAGGCCUCGUCGAGCUUGGCGCCGGAUGAUUCCUCGAGGUCGUCGACCCCGCGGCCCGACUCGCGGCAUUCCGGAGCGAGCACGAGCACCCAGCAGCCCGCCGUCGCACAGGUCAGCUCUGCCGACCUGCAGCUGGCCGAGUCGAGCCGGGUGUUUGCGAAGGCAGCCAACAUCAUCCGCCAGUCUGUCGAGGUCGACGGCGUCUUGUUUCUCGACGCCACGGUGCGGUCGUUUGGUGGCUUGGUAGGACAGCAGAACGAGACUGGCGGCCGGAAGGUAUCGACAGUCGGCCUGGACAAUAUCAGCUAUCUCAGCAAUGAUGAGGACGCAACGAGCCAGACGCAGUCGGCGGUGAGGCGAGAGGACUACUGCAACGUCCUCGGCUACUCGACCAUGCAGGGAUCGACCAUCGGCGGUGACAGAUCACCGUGGCAAUUCGAAGGUUUACGGGAUCGAAACCUGCAGAGACUGCUCAGACGAUACCCCCAAGGCAAGAUAUUUAAUUUCGACGUGGACGGCAGCGUGAUUCAGACGGCAACUCCCCCGCAGCCCAAGACCGCUACCCAAGGAAUGCCACUGAGGCGGCCUGCCUCUCCCACUCGCCAGUGGUCUCGGGACAGUCAGGACCCAGAGGAUAUUCACCUAGAUACCAGUUCUGCGCAGAAGAAGACAAACACACCUCAGAAGCGCUGGAGCCCUGCCCAAGCUGUGGUCAACUUGUUCCCUGGGGCGAGGAGCGUGGUCUUGAUACCUCUCUGGGACGCUCAGAAGAAGCGAUGGUCCGCCGGCGGUUUUAUUUGGACAAGAAACCCCACUCGAGUCUUCACAACCGACGGCACAGUUACUUUCCUGCGGGUGUUUGGCCUGAGCGUGAUGGCAGAGCUCUAUCGGUUGAACACGAAAGCCGAGGAGACGAUCAAGAGCAACAUUUUAGGGUCCAUAUCCCACGAGCUAAGGAGCCCACUGCACGGGUUAGUCGGCGCGGUGGAAUUAUUGCACGACUCGAAGCUGGACAGUGUGCAGCAGAACGUCCUGAACAUCAUCGAGACGUCGGGCAAGACCUUGGUCGACACCAUCAACCACCUGCUCGACUAUAGCAAGAUCAACAGCUUCAUCGAGAACGACCGCGCGGACAAGAAGGAAAGCGUGUUGGGCAAGGUGAACGCCAACCCCGGGGAGCGUUCUGAGCAGGGCAAGACGAGGAGCCAGACGUUGCCGGUCGAGCUGGACUGCCUGGUCGAGGAAGUUGUCGAGAGCGUGCUUGCUGGAUACAGCCACGAGAGAAUAUCCGCUCAACGUUCACUCCGCGACGACCUCGACUACACCAAGUACAAAGACGCGAUUGCACAACGUCCGGCACCGGGCCACGCGGACUCCGCCCAAGAACGCGUGCAGAUAUUCCUUGACAUCGAAAGGUCGACCUCCUGGAGGUUCAACACCCACCCAGGGGCAUUCAGGAGGAUCGUGAUGAACCUAUUCGGCAACUCUCUGAAAUUCACCCGGUCUGGCUUCAUCAAGGUGAGCCUCACGCAGGAAGCAGCCAAGCCAUACCAGCACAAUGUCGGGGCCACCAUAUUGCUCACUGUCUCGGACUCGGGCAAGGGCAUCAGUGAGGACUACAUCCAGAAUCACCUGUUCACCCCGUUCUGCCAGGAAGACAAUUUCGCCCCAGGGACAGGCCUGGGUUUAAGUCUGGUGAGGCAAAUCACUGUGAAUUUAGGGGGUGAGAUCAAGGUCGCCAGCCAGGUUGGGCGAGGCACAACCAUCACCGUCUCGCUGCCGCUGCCAUUCACAGGAGAUGGGCCAGUCCCAGGAGACCCAACAGGAUUCGGAGAGGCCGUGCAAAUGCUCAGAGGCCGCAAGGUUCUGCUGCGAGGGUUCGACAUGCCGGAAGCUGAUGAAGGCCGGACUAUCCCCAGCGGCCUGCACGACGCGGGCAAGCUCGUCGAAUCCCAGGCGCACUUCCUCGAGAGCACGUGCCGCGACUGGCUGUCCAUGGAGGUCCUAGACAGCAAAGGAAGCCAGCAGCAGCCGGACCUGAUCAUCCACCACGACUCGAACGUGUCCUUCAGCGACGGGGAGCGUAUCGCGGGCGAGGUCCAGUGCCCCGUCUUCUUCGUGUGCGAGGCCGUCGUGGCCACCCGCAAUUUCUCGUACAACCUGCCCGACGCCGCCAGCCGCAUCCGCACCUUCGACUUCUUCGCGCCCCCCUUCGGCCCCCGCAAGCUCGCGCGCGCGCUCGUCCACCUCCUCGGUAUGUGGAGGACCAAGCAGGAGCAGGCGGCGCAGCACAUCGUGCCGCACCACACGACGUCUGUGGACGUCCUGCCGACGUCGGCGACCAAGGGCACACAGGUUGAUAGUGUGAGCAGGGACGCCCGAGUUGUCCCUGAGCGCGGGGCAACGGAGGGCCACGGCGUCACGGUCGUCACGUCCAAGCGUGCGACUGUGGUGGCCAACAAGGCACCGCCAAGAACGGCAGCCGAGACGGACCCCACGCCGCUGCCGACGCCGCCCGAGGAGUCGACGCUCGGCGGCGCUGUGACUGCGACUACACCGGUUGUGGAGAGGACAAACCCAAUGGAGACCAUAGCCAAGCCGGCAUCUGUCCUCAUCGUGGACGACAAUGCUAUCAACCUCAAGAUCUUAUCAGCAUACAUGAAGAAACUAAAGCGCCCCUACGUGACCGCCAUCAACGGCCUCGAGUCGUCCGAGAUGUACGCCCACUGCCCGUCCGACUACUGCUGCAUCCUCACCGACAUCUCGAUGCCCAUCAUGGACGGCCUGGAGUCGGCGCGGCGGAUCCGCCAGCACGAGAGGGCCAACCGGCUGGAGCAGACUCCCAUCAUCGCCCUGACGGGCCUGGCGGGCGCGGGGAUCCAGCAGGACGCGGUGGCCAGCGGGGUUGAUAUGUUCCUGACGAGGCCGGUGACGCUGAAGAGGUUGGUUGAGGCGCUGGAAUCGGUGGGGUUGGAUUCCCAUUAA